AUGAAGACCGUCUUGGGACUUUUCUUCUGUUUUGGCCUUGCCACUCUAGGCUCUUCUUUGGAGUGUGAAGUUUGCUCUGAACUCGGAACUAGUUGCAGUGGCAGUAUCAUGCCCUGUGAAGCUAGCCAAGAUACCUGCCUCAUCGCCAUGACUGAACAGUCCCUUGUUGGAGUUCCUAUGCAGACGAUAAACAAGGGCUGUGGAUCCUUAGAUGCCUGUAGAUACGGUCCCAAGUAUAUGAAUUUUGGAUCAGGAAAAACCCUCCGAUCAAGCGUCACUUGUUGUGUGGGGGAUUCCUGCCAAACAUCAACUGCUCAAGUGCCUCCAGCCAUCACUGAGCCCAAUGGGAAGCAGUGUCCAGCCUGCUAUGCUUUGUCAUCUACUAGCUGCCCUGCUGAGACUGUGGACUGUCGUGGGCCUGAGGACCACUGUCUUGAUUUGGCAGUGAGAGUAAUUUAUGGGGGAAAUGUCAUUGUCAACACUGCCCAGAAGGGCUGCGUCAGCAAGUCUGCUUGUGACGAAUUGAGAAGAGGAGAAACCACCUUUUCUGGGGGUAGUGCUACCGUCCUAAAGGCUGAAUGCAGACCUGCCACCAUCAAGGCCUGA